AUGGGUGACGCGGGUCUUAAAGGCAUUUUCAACGCACCUGCACCGGGUAUAAGUUAUUUCACCCCUCACCAGAACCCUCCUGCUGGCCAAGCGGCAAAUCCCCAGAGCAAUGGCUCUGCCCCGCCAAAGCUAUUUCAACCGUUGAAAUUGAGGGGACUGACUCUUCAUAAUCGUAUCGGACUUGCACCACUUUGCCAAUAUUCCUCGCCAGAUGGCCACCUUACAGACUGGCACAUUGCCCAUCUUGGCAGCAUUGCGAUCCAUGGAGCUGGAUUCGUCAUGGUGGAAGCCACAUCUGUCCUUCCGGAAGGGAGAAUCACCCCUGAAGACUCGGGACUGUGGAAAGAUUCCCAAAUAGAACCUCUAAGGCGGGUUGUUGAGUUCGUGCACAGCCAGAAUCAGGUUAUCGGCAUCCAACUCGGCCAUGCUGGCCGAAAGGCAAGCUCCCAUGCUCCCUGGCUUUCGUCUGGCGAUCUUGCCGACGAAUCCGUGGGUGGCUGGCCUGAUAAUAUCAAGGGUCCAAGUGAUAUCCCAUGGGGUCCGCGGUUGGGUAAACCGAAGGCUAUGACGAAGGCGGAUAUUGAAGAAUUUAAAGAAGCAUUUGGGGCCUCAGUGCGCCGUGCCAUCACUGCCGGCGUUGAUUUCAUUGAGAUCCAUAAUGCCCACGGAUACCUACUAUCGUCGUUCUUAUCUCCAACCUCAAACAACCGGACGGAUGAGUACGGUGGCUCAUUUGAGAAUCGAAUGCGCCUAACGAACGAGAUCAUUGCUAUUUCACGCAAGAAUAUGCCGGAGGAUAUGCCACUAUUUCUACGUGUCUCUUCUACCGAAUGGCUUGAAGAAUCACGACCGGACUUAUCCAGUUGGACAGUGGAGGACACCGUUCGUUUCGCCGAGGUUUUAGCCGACGGCGGCCAAGUUGAUUUCAUAGACAUCAGCUCCGGAGGCAACCACCAAGACCAAAAAGUGAGGGGUGCUUUGCCCGGUGUACCAUACCAUGCCCCUAUGGCAAAGGCAGUGAAAAAGGCCGUUGGUGAUCGCCUUGUGGUCGGCGUUGUCGGAAACAUCACGACUGGAACCACGGCCAACAGUCUAUUGGAAGAUGACGGUUUAGAUUUCGCCCUGGUUGGCCGCUGGUUCCAGAAGCAGCCGUCCCUCGUGUGGUCGUUUGCCGACGAGCUGGGCGUUGACCAUAAAGUUGCAAACCAAAUGUCAUGGCCGUUUGGAGGAAGAGGCUCUACGGCAUAUCUGAAAGCUGCGCAGAAAAAUUAG